GGGCCCGUCUUAUCAACGAUCGUACGAUUUUGGAAAUCUUAGCGUACGAUUUUGAUCUACGAUUGUCGUACGCUCGAUCGUAAGACUGUCUUAUCAACGCGGUCGUACGUUCAACCUAAAAUCUUACAAUUUUCAUAAGCGUACGAUUCUUACGCCUGCGCACUAACACGUACUCUUCAAAAAAGGAGGUAACGCGCAUUUUAAUGUCAAACUUGAAAUACGACGUGUGCUACAAUUCAGCGAUGUCUGACAAGGCAAGAAAAGUUAAUUGGACAACUGAUGAGCGUGAUAUGCUCAUUAGCAAAUGUGAAACUGCUGAUGUGGCCACCGGCAAGUUUUCACAGACACUUACGGCCGCGGACAAAGCCCGGUUUUGGGCGGAUGUAGUGGAAAGUGUGAACAGUGUAAGCGGGUGUUCAAGGACGCUUGAACAAGUCAAAAAGAAAUGGAUUGACUUGAAGUCACAAACCAAGAAGAAAACUAUACAGUAUAUUGCGGAAACCAGAAAAACAGGUGGUGGCCCAGCCCCUAUCUUAGACCUGAAGGCAUGGGAGAGCAAGAAAAUAAUGAUCCUGGCCUUACAAUCCCAGACCUUCCUGUUGGAAGUGAGACAAACUCUUUGGGAAGAAAGGAAAUUUUGCAUGAUAAAGGAUUUGAAGGUGAUAAUGAGCCAGUGCCAAAGAAGGCAAAAUAUGACAAGAAAACAGAGGAUGACAUAUAUCAACUUGUUGAACAACAGACUGCAAUUAUGACAGAAUUGAAUUCAACAUUAAAAACAUUAAAUCAGUCUUUAGAUGGCAUAAAAAAAAGAUUAGACAAACUUAUUUAAAAUUCUAACA